CUUUAACGCUGACGACUACAAAACACACACACAGCCUGUCCGUCCCCUUUCAAACUCCAGUGCGAGACAGCGAUCAAUGCCUAGUCAGACCUGAACAGGCUUCAAGUAUGCCCUCUGCACACACGUUUUAGCAUAAGUGAACCAUGGAAAACUCGGGCAGGCCUUACCGGGCUAGACAAGGCGGCUGGGAGAGGGGAGCAACAUCAGACAAGCCAGAAAGCUGGAGGAUCCAGGACCAGGGUCGAGGACAGAACUUCAGAUCUGAGGGAGGUCAGCAGGGCAAGAACCAGGGGGGGCCCUACAGAGCCAGUCCCAAAAAGGGAGGACUGGGGCCCAUGAGCUACUCCCCCGGGGGAUUUAGAGGUGGCCACAGCCCCUCGCAGAAGGAUGACCUGCGGUGGUUCCCAGGUCCUGAGAACUGUGGUGGGAGUCGGGAUGAUAACUGGAGAGAGCGCUCCCAGCAGCACUGGAGGAGGAGUUCCCAGGGAGAAGGUCCAAAGGAGGACAGGGAGCAGGGGAGGAGAGAGCCCACUGAUGGCAGCGCUUAUGCAUCAGGUGAGUCUGGGAGAAGACGGAGAAACAGGAACAAGAAGAAAACCUUUGCUGAAGAGAACAGCGGCCUUGAAGAAUCAACACUCUCAGCCAAAGACCUCCAGAGCCUACGGCAGGCAGAGAGGCGGCUUAACAGAGAGGAGAUCUACUCUCUGAAGAAGAGGUCCCACAGCAACCCUGCUGCACUUUACACCUGCACUCUGUGUGAUCUUCUCCUGGAAUCUCUGUCUGACGCUUACAGGCAUAUCAGAGACAAACGACACAAGAAGAAGGCCAGGGAGAGGCAAGAGCAGGUGAUGCUGACUGAGAUUCUGCCUCCUGGUCCAGAGCAGAUCAGCGCACUGAGUGCUGCACUAGAGGCUGUUGUCCGGGAACAUGGGAUGAAUGACGAGGAUGUUGAGAGGAGACAAUGUGUUGUCUCCAUCAUGCAAGACCUACUUCUGUCCGUCCUUCCUGAGAUCAGGCUCAGGCUCUACGGCUCAUCUUGCACUAAGUUUGGAUUUAAGGAUUCUGAUGUCAACAUUGACAUUCAGUAUCCACCUCACAUGCAUCAGCCAGAUGUCUUGUUGUUGGUCAAGGAGAGCCUCUCUGUGAGCCCUCUCUUCGUUGAUCUGGAAGCUGAUUUCCAUGCUAGGGUGCCUGUGGUCAUCUGCAAAGAGAAACAUAGUGGCCUCGUGUGCAAAGUCAGUGCAGGAAAUGAAAAUGCGUUCCAGACCACCUCCUAUCUUUCUGCUCUAUCCAGCCAGGAACCUCUCCUCCUCCCACUGGUUUUGGGCCUCAGACGAUGGGCCCAGAUCUGCGUGAUUGACCGUGCAGAGGAAGGUGGACUGCCACCGUACGUCUUCGCCCUCAUGGUUAUCUACUUCUUACAGCAGCGCAAAGAGUCCGUCUUGCCUACCUACCUGAAGCAAGAGAUUAAGGUGUUUUCACUCAGCAGGCUGUCAGACUUCAAUCUCACACAUGUUGAGGAUGGAUAUGUACACUGGGCUUACACUCCUUCCUCCAAAGAAUCAUUACAGCCAGCAGAGGGCUCCUGUAUUAAAGGAAAGGUUCCACUGGUGUUUCAGAGCCCUCACCUGCCUGUGGAAGUCGGGCUUCUCUGGGUGGAAAUGCUCCGCUUCUACUCGCUGGAGUUCAACAUGGCUGACAAUGUGAUCAGUGUGCGGACCACUACUGUCCUCUCCCGGGAGAUGAAAGACUGGCCAAAGAAACGCAUCGCUGUGGAAGACCCAUUUGCUGUGAAGAGAAAUGUGGCCCGCACACUGAACAGCCAGCAAAUGUACGAGUACAUCCUGCAUUGCCUCAAAACCACAUACAAGUACUUUGCACUGCCACUCAACACGCCAGCUGCUAGUCACAAGACACAGGCACAGCGUGGAUCCAUCAAAGGGGCAAACGCGAAGGAUGUGAAUGAGGAGAUUGUAUCAGGUUUCAGCCACCUCGGCGUUCAGUCACAGCAUGCAAAUCAACCUAAAUCUGUAGAAAACGGCCCUGAAGACUCUGAUUGCAUUAUUGAGGAAGAGGAGGAAGUUGAAGAAUACAGUGACUCCGAUGAAGAGCGAGAGAAGGAAAAAGCGGACUUGGGCAAGAGCAGUCUCUCUGAGGAUGAGGAGGAUGAGGAUGUAGAUAUUGAUGAGGAAAGUCAUAACAGACACCACUUGGAUAGCUUCACCACAGAGGAUGAGGAGAUUUUCCCAGUGGACGAGAUCUCAGGGGAGGAGCUUCUGUCUGAUGAGGAGGGUCCAGAUUUGGACACACCUGGUUCAAUGGAUGAGGAGGAGGUAGAAUUAGCACCUGUGAGUUUUUCACCUCCCCAUUUAGAGGAUACAAUUAAAGAUAAGAGUCCAGAAAAUAAAACCCCAAAACAGAAGAAAGUGUCUUAUGAGUUCAACAGACAAGCUUUCACCAGAGGGAAGUCACACAUGGUCGUGUGCAGCUUGUGCAAGCGUGACGGUCAUCUGAAGAAAGAUUGUCCAGAAGAUUUCAAGAAAGUCCAGUUGGAUCCUUUGCCCACAUUAACACCAGAGUUUCUCAAUGUCCUUAACAAAGUUUGUGAGCAGUGCUACACUGACUUUGCCCCAGAUGAACUGGAAGUGGGUGUAAGAGAGCACAUCCUUCAAGACCUGGAGACCUUUGUCAAACGACAGUUUGCUGGAGCUCGGCUACAACUAUUUGGAUCAUCCAAAAAUGGCUUUGGCUUCAGACAGAGUGACCUAGACAUCUGUAUGGUGCUGGAUGGGCAGGACACCAUAGAUGAUGUUGACUGCAUCACUAUAAUUGAAAGUCUGGCGAGACUGUUGAAGAAACACCCAGGUCUGAAGAACAUCCUACCCAUCACUACAGCAAAAGUACCCAUUGUGAAGUUCUACCAUGUUCGCACUGGCCUGGAGGGAGACAUUAGCCUCUACAACACUUUGGCCCUGCACAACACACACCUGCUAGCUUCAUAUGCUGCCAUUGACAGGAGAGUUAAGAUCCUCUGUUAUGUCAUGAAGGUUUUUGCCAAGAUGUGUGACAUUGGAGAUGCUUCACGUGGCAGCCUCUCGUCCUACGCUUACACCCUCAUGGUGCUGUACUUCCUCCAGCAGAGAAACCCACCUGUUAUCCCUGUGCUGCAAGAGAUUUAUGAUGGAAAGAAGAAGCCGGAGGUGCUAGUUGAUGGCUGGAACGUCUACUUCUUUCAUGAUUUAAAAACACUACCCAGUCGCUGGCCACAGUACGGGAAGAACACCGAGACGGUGGGGGAGCUGUGGCUCGGCCUGCUCCGCUUUUAUACCGAGGACUUUGACUUCAGAGAGCACGUUGUCUGUAUCCGUCAGCACGGCCGCCUCACCACCUUCAACAAGCAGUGGACGUCCAAAUACAUUGUCAUUGAAGAUCCGUUCGACCUGAAUCAUAAUCUCGGUGCUGGUCUGUCCAGGAAAAUGACUAACUUCAUCAUGAAGGCUUUCAUCAAUGGCAGAACAGUAUUUGGCACACCAGUCAAAGCCUUUCCUCCUGUCUACCCGAGUCAGAUGGAGUAUUUCUUCGACCCCGAAGUCCUCACUGAGGGAGAAGUGGCUCCAAAUGACCGCUGCUGCCGCAUCUGUGGAAAGAUUGGCCACUUCAUGAAAGACUGCCCCAUGCGUAAGAAGUCCAAGCAUAGAAGGGACUCUGAGAGAAGGCCAGAGCACCUGCGAGACAAAAUGGAUCCAGGUGAGGACGGCAAGGAUCAGGUCCGACACCGGAGUGAGCACUGGAGGAAAAGAGAUGCACUGGAGAGAGAGAUACGCUGCUGCUUCCUGUGUGGAUCAAGUGCCCACAUUAAGAAGGACUGUCAGCUGUACAGAAGCCCUGCAGGUAAUGUGAAGAUGGAAAGCUUUUCCCCCUCUUCAGCCCACUUGAGGAAUUUGAGAGAAAAGGAGAGACAGGGUUCACCCAUACAAGAAGAGAAGAAGAAGCGAAAGCAACAAAAUGUGAUAUUGAGUCCACAAGCGGGUAGUUUAGCGUGCCGAAAUUUGGGUCGCUCUGGUCACAGGAAGAGCCCAGUGGAGUGAGCAGCAGCUGUGACUACACAAACCAUGAGGUUCUACUCUUGUCCAGGCAGACAUCAUGGCAACCCAAAGUCCAGAAACCCUUAGAUCUGAAUGGGACUGUUGGGCCAAUGGGAGCCUGUUAAAAGCCAAAGCCAGGACGCCUUGACUUGAAGCCAAAUAGGGCCUUUUUAUGUGUGUUGUUUCCCCCCCUUAAAGCUCUCCUCCUCAGAGGAGCUUUUUAAAGCUUUUAUUUUAACAAGACAAGCCAUUAUGCAUGCACCUCAUGUUUUUGUUUACCUACACUGCCAGUCAAGUUGUUUUUAAGCUCAUUACAUUUCAAGUAAUGUCAUUGCAGAUUUAGUGGGAAAUCUCAGAAAUUAGAAAAUGUAAGUAAUUGUCUGUUAUAUGACUAACAGUAAAAGUAUUAGGUUUUCACCAUGCUGAGGUAUCUUUUGCAGACUACAUACUUGAUGCCAACUUUGAAACUGUAGACUAAACAGUCCUCAGUCAGGUAAGACCCAGUGUUUGUCAACACUACAGCUGUAAGAAUGGAUGUGGCGAUGGUAUGAUGUCUGCUAAUUAAAGUGUCUUGAGGUCUGUUAAGUCAUCAAGAUCAAGACUUUUAAAUUAAACCAAAAAGUCUUAUCAGUUCACUUAUUCCUUAUUUUAUAACAAGGUUUUUAGGAUGAAUUUCCAAUUAUGUUUGAGAUUUUACCAAAAAAAUGCAAUGUAUAUUGUUGAAAAACGUUUGAAUGGCAGUGUACCUUUCAUAAUGGCCAGGAUCUUUUUUUAUCGAAUUCAUCUUAAAUCCUGUUUAAUUUGUCCUCUGCACUGACAUGCAUCAGUCCGUCUCUCCUUCAGCCUCGAAAGCAGCUCUGCCCACAAUGUGUCUGUAUUUGUGUGUCUCUGUGUUAGAGAAACCACCCUGUAGGUUUUAUUUUUAUUUUUUUUCAGGAUCAUGGUUUUAUCUUGUGACACUGCUGAUCUACCCAUAUUUCAGAGUUGUACUGCCCCUCCACUGCCUUUCAAGUGUGAACGAUAGGACGGUAAAACUGUACUUCCUCUGCUAACCCUGGCCUGUAUCUAUUUCUACACAUGCUAGGAAGUGUUGUAACUAUAGUGCAAGAGCAUAUAGUUGAGAAUGUUGGGCAAAAAGUUGCUCGUGCUUACACCCAGUGGUAAGGUUUGGAAGAAUCAAACAACUGGUCCAGUUUAUUGCUACAUCACUGCAAACACCUAAUCUGAAACUAAAUUAUAGGUAAUCUCAGAUCAGUGGAGAGAUAAAUGUAUUUAUUUGCCACAAAGGCUUAAUUUUGUUGUAAUGGUGCCACAGAUUGGUAGCUGCACUGUGAGGGUCCACGCCCUUGAAUUACGUUGCUGCUAGUUGAUGUCUCUAAGACCUGCUUAUCAUUCAACUUCAAAUAUGGACUGUCUGGCUUUGUUGUCCUAAUACGGCUGAAUUUUAUAAAAGAAUUGUGUUGUUGUUACUGUACUCAAAUUUCUCAUUUUAAAGUAGUUUUGUUUUAAUGCCAGCCUAAUUGCUUUUCUUUUGUUGGACUCAAAUGGGAGGUUUAGUUUAUCGGAACCCCGAUCCUGCCAGGAAAGGAUGGCUUGCGAUCCAUUUUGUGUCUCAAAGAAUUCAUUAAACAAAUCAAAUCCCA